GCAAACCUAAUUACCACAGUUCUGGCCGUGUCACAAAAAAUGGCUUUUUUGUUUAAGAGGAACCCGAAAUCACCCUCGGAUCUUGUGCGGCUGCUCAAUGAGCUGGUGUCCAAACUCGAUUAUCUGACCGACUCGCGCAAGUACCAGGACGAUUGUCACCGGUAUUUGAAGCAGAUGAAAGUAGUGUUUCAUGGCGAUGAGGAAAACGACCCUCAGCCGGACCAGAUUGCGCUUUUGGCGCAGGAGAUAUAUAGCUCAGAUUGUCUUUUGCUCUUGGUGCAAAGUUUGCGCAAACUAGAUUUCGAUCUGCGCAAGGACAUAGUCACCUUGUUCCUGGCACUCUUAAGACGACGCAUAGGGAACGAUUCGCCCACGGUGGAUUAUUUGGUGCAUGGAAGACCGGAUAUUUUGGUCGUGCUUAUGAGAGGGCCGGAGGCCAGCGACACGGCGUUGGUCUGCGGGCAGAUCUUGAGAGAUUGUGUCAAGUUCGAGCAAAUCAAUAGGUAUUUGCUAUAUCACCCGUUGUUCUGGAAAUACUUCCGAUACGCCCAAAACCAGAUUUUCGAGGUCGCCACCGACACAUUCGUGACGCUAAAUCAGUUCUUGACACUGCACAAAAAACUAGUGUCGGAGUUCUUGGCCAAGAACUGUGAAAACUUCACCCAGGUGAUCAACGGGCUCAUAAAGUCAGACAACUAUGUGACAAAGAGGCAGAGCAUUCGGCUCUUGACCGAGCUCGUUAUGCAGAAACUGAACCAGCAAUUUCUCAUGUAUUAUUUCGACGACACCACCAGCUUGAAGAUCAUCAUGAUGCUCCUCAGUGACAAGCUGAAAAACGUCCAGCUAGAAGGCUUCCAUGUGUUUAAAUUCUUUGUUGCCAAGCCGAAAAAAUCGCAGAAAAUCCUUGACAUUCUCACAAAAAACAAGGAGAAUUUCAUUCAGUUCUUCAGCACAUUUGACGUGUCCGAGUACGGGUCGAGCAUAGUCGAGGAACGGGACUACAUCAUGCAUGAGAUCCAGAAACUACCUGACAUCGAGCGGAGAGACUUCUCCUCCACCUAGCAUACUCAACAUCGAGUCUGUAUAUUUAAAGCUACAUCGUCAUUACAACAAAGCCUAAAUGUAUAUUUGUAGGUUUGUUUUGACAGAUACGGGUCAUUUCACCAGAGUUCCGCCCUCGCUUCUACUCGAUGACUCUGGACCAGCCUUCAAACUCCUCCUCACCAUACUGAAUCUUCUUGAUCCAGUCGGCAACUUGCACAGUCAACUCGCCAGCCUCGCCCUUGGCCAAAGGCACAGAAAUGUCCUCGCCCUUCCAG